UAUUGUAGUUCUAGUGUCCAAAAUUUCCUGGAAUGCUUUUAAUAUUGACUUAUCGCAUUACUGUAAUGUUACUAUUGUAGUUCUAGUGUCCAAAAUUUCCUGGAAUGCUUUUAAUAUUGACUUAUCGAAUUACUGUAAUGUUACUAUUGUAGUUCUAGUGUCCAAAAUUUCCUGGAAUGCUUUUAAUAUUGACUUAUCGCAUUACUGUAAUGUUACUAUUGUAGUUCUAGUGUCCAAAAUUUCCUGGAAUGCUUUUAAUAUUGACUUAUCGCAUUACUGUAAUGUUACUAUUGUAGUUCUAGUGUCCAAAAUUUCCUGGAAUGCUUUUAAUAUUGACUUAUCGAAUUACUGUAAUGUUACUAUUGUAGUUCUAGUGUCCAAAAUUUCCUGGAAUGCUUUUAAUAUUGACUUAUCGCAUUACUGUAAUGUUACUAUUGUAGUUCUAGUGUCCAAAAUUUCCUGGAAUGCUUUUAAUAUUGACUUAUCGCAUUACUGUAAUGUUACUAUUGUAGUUCUAGUGUCCAAAAUUUCCUGGAAUGCUUUUAAUAUUGACUUAUCGAAUUACUGUAAUGUUACUAUUGUAGUUCUAGUGUCCAAAAUUUCCUGGAAUGCUUUUAAUAUUGACUUAUCGCAUUACUGUAAUGUUACUAUUGUAGUUCUAGUGUCCAAAAUUUCCUGGAAUGCUUUUAAUAUUGACUUAUCGCAUUACUGUAAUGUUACUAUUGUAGUUCUAGUGUCCAAAAUUUCCUGGAAUGCUUUUAAUAUUGACUUAUCGAAUUACUGUAAUGUUACUAUUGUAGUUCUAGUGUCCAAAAUUUCCUGGAAUGCUUUUAAUAUUGACUUAUCGCAUUACUGUAAUGUUACUAUUGUAGUUCUAGUGUCCAAAAUUUCCUGGAAUGCUUUUAAUAGUGACUUAUUCCUCAUGUCACUUUUCUUCAUGAAAUCCAGCUAUUGUUUAUACAGGAGUUAUUCUCCUUCAUACUCCACAAGGGACAACAAUUUUGCAGGUACUUUGUCUCUACCUUUCAAGUCAACAAGUUCUAUGAGGACUAAACAGAGCACCACAUUUCCUUGCUGCUUUUUAACCAAUGAACAGGCUGCAUUCAUCGUCCC